CCGUCCGUCGCCAUCUCCCGCCGCGGCGGCCGUCCCUCUCAGACGGGCGGCGCCACCCCAAAAUCCACCUGUUUUGACCCGGCCACCCCCUCCCACCGCCGGGCGUCACUGCCCCCCUCAUUCCCCUCGUGCUCCCAAAUCGGGACGCGCUCUCCUGUAGAAGCGGAACGGAAACCCCAGUACAAAGCCUCCGUCCGCUCGCCAACUUUACUGCCCCGCGCCGUGGCCGCGAGAGAGGGACAGCUGCGAGGCCGGCACGGAGGUCGGACGGGCAGGCGGGCGCCGCCACCAACCGUCGGCGCGCGCAAUUCAAACGGGCGGCGGCCGGGACAGCGGGGCCGCAGCUGGGGGAUUUAAAUGGCGCCUCUUGCCCCCCGCAUCCGGCACUCCCCCUCGACCUCGAUCCCACCGCCACCUCAGGCCGGCCUCCCCCCGUCUCGCUCUCGCUUAGCUGGCCUGCGCCCAUCGAUCUCCUCGCGCGUGGCGGGGCGGACUGAGCUAGUCGGACGCCGGGGCGAUGGUGGGCAGCUACGCCAACGGAGCGGGAGCAGGAGGAGGAGGCAAAAACGGCGCGGCGGAGGGGAAGCUGGACGAGCUGCGGCGGCGGCUGGGGAAGGUGGAGGGGGACCCGCUCCGGAUCGCCGGCGUGGGCGCGGGGGCCUGGGGGAGCGUCUUCUGCGCGCUGCUGCAGGACGCGUACGGCCGCGACCACCGGGACAAGGCGCAGGUGCGCGUGUGGCGCCGCGCGGGCCGCGCCGUCGACCGCGCCACCGCCGAGCACCUCUUCGAGGUCAUCAACGCCCGCGAGCACGUCCUCCGCAGGCUCAUCCGCCGCUGCGCCUACCUCAAGUACGUGGAGGCCCGCCUCGGCGACCGCACGCUCUACGCCGACGAGAUCCUCCGCGACGGCUUCUGCCUCAACAUGAUCGACACGCCGCUCUGCCCGCUCAAGGUCGUCACCAACCUGCAGGAGGCCGUCUGGGACGCCGACGUCGUCAUCAACGGCCUGCCCUCCACCGAGACCAGGGAGGUGUUCGGGGAGAUCGGGCGGUACUGGAAGGAGAGGAUCAACCCGCCCAUCAUAAUCUCGCUGGCCAAGGGGAUCGAGGCGUCGCUCGAUCCCAUGCCUCGGAUCAUUACCCCGACGCAGAUGAUCGCCAAUGCAACUGGAGUUCCAUUGGAGAAUAUUCUGUAUCUGGGAGGCCCUAACAUUGCAUCUGAAAUCUACAAUAAAGAGUACGCAAACGCUCGCAUCUGUGGAGCUGACAAGUGGAGGAAGCCUCUUUCUAAAUUUUUGCGGCAGCCUCAUUUCAUUGUAUGGGACAAUAGUGAUCUCAUUACUCAUGAAGUCAUGGGUGGCUUAAAGAACAUAUAUGCCAUUGGUGCUGGUAUGGUGGCAGCACUGACCAACGAGAGCGCAACAAGCAAAGCAGUGUACUUUUCACUUUGCACCUCUGAAAUGAUAUACAUCACCCACCUGCUAGCGGAAGAGCCCGAGAGACUUUCUGGACCACUAUUAGCAGAUACUUAUGUUACACUAUUGAAAGGUCGUAAUGCUUGGUAUGGCCAUAAAUUAGCUAAGGCAGAACUGACUCUGGAAAUGGGGGACAGCAUCAAAGGCAAAGGGACUAUACAGGGUGUCUCUGCAGUCAAUGCAUUUUAUGAACUCCUGAGCCAAGGCAGCAUAAGUGUGACGCACCCAGAAACCAAGAAGCAUGUUGCUCCUGUCGAGCUGUGUCCGAUACUCAAAACACUGUACAAAAUUUUAAUCAAGAGGGAGCUUGGUACCAGUUCCAUUCUUGAGGCAAUACGCGAUGAAUCAAUGUCCGAUCCACGGGAAAGAAUUGAGAUGGCACAGCGCCAAUCCCUCUACCGGCCAUCUCUCCUCGGCCUGCCUAAAGGCGAUAUCAAGCUGUAGUAGUUGCAGCCUUUAUUUACGCAGAAAUGCUGUGAGUUUCCAUGGUUUGCCGAUUCUUCUGUCGGUGUACCCCGCAAGUGUAUAUAUAUAUAUAUAUAUAUAUAUAUAUAUAUAUAUAUGCUUAUAUGUAGCACGAGAUGAGUUUUUUUAAUGAGCAAGGCGAGAUAAACUUCUUAUCGUCCGAGUUGACGCCCACCUGUAUAUACAACCCUUGGUUCAAUUGCAUUUAUUUCUUAUA